AUGAUGCGUACUUCCAGACAACUCGCCGGGCUUGCCAGCCGCGGCUCGGCGCUGCGACUUGGGCAGGUGCAAAGACAUUUCAGCACAUCCGGCGCUCUUCGACGGGAAAUCCAGGACGCAUAUAUUCUCGGUGCUGCUAGAACACCAACUGCAAAGUUCAAUGGCCCCUUCACCACGGUACCAGCACCGAAACUUGGUGCAGAGGCCAUCAAGGCAGCUAUCAGCAAAUCCAAAGUUCCCGUCGAGAAGAUCACCGAUGUCUACAUGGGUAAUGUGCUCCAGGGCUCAGUCGGCCAAGCUCCUGCCCGCCAGGCGUCUAUCUUCGCCGGCCUUCCCACGACUGUUGAAGCGGUCACAAUCAAUAAGGUGUGCGCCUCAGGCAUGAAGGCGGUCGUGAUGGCAGCACAGAACAUCCAGCUCGGCCUUGCUGAGGCUCAGGUUGCCGGUGGAAUGGAGAACAUGUCCCGCGUGCCUUACUACCUGCCCCGCGCCAGCCAGCAGGCCCCCUUUGGAGACACCAAGCUAGAGGACGGGUUGGUAAAAGAUGGACUGUGGGACGUCUACAACCAAUUCCACAUGGGUGUUUGUGCUGAAAACACGGCCAAGAAGCACAAUAUCAGCAGGGAGGAACAGGACGCUUAUGCUAUCCAGUCCUACGAGCGUGCCCAGGCCGCGUGGAAGGAGAAUAAGUUUGACGAUGAGAUCACGCCGGUCACCGUCAAGACAAAGAAGGGAGAAGUCGUUAUCUCCCGUGAUGAAGGUUUCGAGGACCUACGUGCGGAUAAGAUCCGCAGCCUGAAGCCUGCCUUUGUCCGUGAUGGAACUGGAACUAUCACUGCCGGAAACGCCUCAACCUUCAACGACGGUGCAUCUGCUCUCGUCAUCACGAACGAAGCACUUGCCCGCGAGUACGGAUCUGGUAAUCGUGUGCUUGCCCGUAUUGUUUCUCACGCAGAUGCUGCUAUUGACCCAGUCGACUUCCCCGUUGCCCCCGCAAAGGCCGUGCCGAUUGCCCUAGAGCGGGCUGGUCUUACAAAGGACCAAAUCUCCGUCUGGGAGUUCAACGAGGCCUUUGCUGCCGUCAUCAAGGCUAAUGAGAAGAUCCUCGGCCUUGAGAACGCCUGUGUCAACCCUGUCGGAGGUGCCAUCUCCAUCGGCCACGCCCUUGGAAGCUCUGGCUCGCGGAUCCUGACCACCCUUCUCCACCAGCUGCAGCCGGGCCAGUAUGGCCUCGCAGCUAUUUGCAACGGAGGCGGUGCCGCUACGGCCGUCGUUGUCCAGAGACUAGAGAAGGUUGAGUAA